UCAUUUUAUUUUUCUACAAGGAAUGUGUGAAAUUUAAAACAUAUGCUUGUUUUGUUUAUCAAAUAGGUUUCUUAGAUGAAAAAUUAGGCGAGAAAAUGUUUGAAGAUGGUACGCAUUGGUAGUUUGAAGAAAGUAUGUAACUAUUUACCGGGGAGACAUCUGCUGACGACGUGGUUGUUUUCGAUAUGGGUGCAUUUCGUGCUGCUGAUCGGCGUCAUGGACCUCAACAGGCACGAAGUGCCGGUGAGCCCGGCGACAGUUUCAUCACCGAGAGAUGUGAAGUCUUCGGCAAAAGACAGCCCGGUACGAAGAUUGGUCGUUUUCCACGUCGACGGCCUCGCCCCUCUUCGGUUCUCGGCUCACAUUGACCAACAACCGAAGCUGACGGCGAUCGUGGCGAGAAAGGGCUCGUGGGGAAUCACUAAAUCGCCUUCUUAUAUCACAAAACGUCAAAAGAUGCUAUCCACAUUCACAGGCUCAUAUUGGGCAAAAGGUGUAGGAAUUUUGGAACAGUCCGGCUCUGUUUAUUUCGUCGGCGAUCCGAAGACUGCAGAAUGGCUGACACCUCUGGGAAAUAAGCUGCGGGCUUUUACCUGGCAAGAACCAUCUUGGGACAAAUACAGCUACAUGUCAGACGACAAAGCUGCCGACGAGUGGGUGCAGAAACAGACACUGGCGUUGUUAAAUACAAAAACCUUCCCUGAAAUCAACCGCGAUAAGGCUGUUAUUAUGAUAAGAUUCGUCGGACAUGAUAUGUCUGGGGAGCUCGAAGGCGAAAACUCCUUGAGGGCGAAGGAUGCUCUUGUUCGGAUAUUAGCCAUGAUCACGAAUAUAAUAACAGUCGCUGAGGAUAAAUGGAACGACCAGAGGACGACGUUCGCAAUACUUUCGGAUAGUAACGAAUCGCCGAUUGUGACAUGGGGUCCGGCGAUUUCGUCCGCACUAGUGCCCGAGCCGAAUCCAUCGAACAUCAACUGGAAAUCUCCUUACACGAAGAGAAGGGACAUGGACAGGCGAUCCGUGGCACCCCUGCUAGCCUGCAUUCUCGACGUCGAACCGCCGAUCGAUUCCGUGGCGGGUCUUCCGAUCGACUUCCUCGAAGAAAAGCCGAGGAUGAAAGCACAAUGCUCCUCAAAAACGGCCACUCAGAUUAUGAAAUUGUUCCUGGAAACAGCCAAGCAUCACCAAAGCUACGGUAGGAUUAAACUCACGACUCUUUGGACCUCAAUAACACAAAAGAGCGCUAUCAAAAUGUCCGAUAUUAUCGACGGCGCUUAUGAAGAUGGAGAUUAUCUCGGUGUUAUUGCUGCGUCGAAGAUACUCACGGACAGAUGUUUACGUGGAAUGCACUACUAUGGAGAGUUCAAAAGGAAGUUUAGCACAUAUCUUCUUUUGCUGACCGUGCUAGGAUGGACUUUCGCCUGUGCCACUUGGCUCUGUCCCAGACUAGACAUAGACUUAGGCCCUGCGGAAAAUGGUCCGAAGACGGUUGUGUACUGCAGGCCCAGGGUUAUUUUCGACAUAGUGAUGGCUUUGGUUUCCACCGGGUUAAUAGUAGUAUGCUGCUUCGACGGUCUGCCUUGGCGAUUCCAUUCAUACCUCUUGACACCUUGUUUUAUCUGGUGGACAGCAUUGAGGGACUCUCAGUACUGGAUGAAAGUUUAUAAAUGCUCCAUGCACCCAGAAGCCAUGAGUUUCGUGAGCGGCAUAUACGUAGCUUUCGCCGGGAUCUGCUGGUCUAUAAUAAGCGAUAGACUAUCGUUGUCGCUUCUUCUUGUCGGGACACUAACCUUCUCGUCGUUCUUUUCGAUGAUGAAGACCAAAUCCGUCCGCCUUAAGAUUUGGCUGCUCACGUCGAUUCCGUUCAUUGUGCUCUUGCAUGACAGAGCGAACGAGAUAGACGAAGAUUCCGGCCUUACGCACGUCAUGUCCGCUGUCGCUUGGAUCUGCGCGGUUUCCUUCAUAUCAAAAAUAGCCUCGGCGAAACUGGGCGACUCGCCGAUUUUGGUAGCAAACGUCAUAUCCCUCAUAGCCAUAUUGUUCAAAGGAACGUCAGGAAUGGCCCCCGCGUCAUAUCAUCUAGCUUGGCUUGUAGCAUUGUUCUUACCGUUGAUUGGAAGUUGCAAUAUCAUAAUGAGACUCUGCCAGAUUUUUUUCUCUCUUUGCACACCGUUCUUCCUGUUGUCUACCGGUAGCGAACCUUUGUCCCUUCUAGGUCUAUUGUUUCAUGCGUCGACCUGGUACCUGGCGGAAUGUUAUUCCAACUGCGAGAACUCCGAGAUACUCAAAGCCGAGCUGUCCGAAGGAGAUGAGGGGACAAGAAAAUUCGGUACUAACGAUUCCAGGCGUGUCUUCUUCUACAUGGUGUACGUGAUACUCGCGACGUCGGCAGUCAGGAUAACAGACAAUUUGAUCGUUUACAACGGAGACUUUACCAAACUGGACGAACAGAUUGUUAGCGUAACAUGGUGGGCGAAGGGCUUCGUGCCGAUCCUGUGCAUCAGCUGUCUGCUCAUACUGCUGUGGAAGAAGAGCAACGGAGACGAACUGGCCCUAGGCCUCGCGGUCUUGUUCAUGUGCAGCCUUAUGAGUUUCUUGUUCCUGUUCAUGGUUCUGGCAGGAGGCGAAGAGCAGAACAAGCUGCAGUGGUCCGUAUCGCACUACUUCGCAGGGCAAUAUAUCUCGAUCGUCACAAUUUUGUCUCUACCAGCAUCUUACGUCCUCACCGUGCCGUCCAUAUUGAGCAAGUACAUUUCCUCCCCUUACAACCAACCUGCGCACACAUCCUAAAAGUAAUAAAUGUUUUUUGCACAUUGUACGAAAAUUA